UUUUGAGAGAACUGAAUUCUGUCUAGAUUUUUGAGAGAACUGAAUUCUGUCUAGAUUUUUGAGAGAACUGAAUUCUGUCUAGAUUUUCAAAGUUGUUUUAGGAUUAAUUUUAAAGGUGAAAAAACAAAACAAACAAAACACAACAACAACAGCAAACUGAAUUCUGUUUAGAUUUCCAAAGAUCUUCCUGGAUUAAUUUUAAGGGUGAAAACAAAAAUACAUCAACCUGAAUUCUGUCUAGAUUUUCAAAGUUGUUCCACGGGAUUAAUUUUAUAGACAUACAUAUCACACCAUUAUCUACUUCUGACAAGCCAAAAGCAGACGUGUGCCUGAGGAACAGAACAGUCAAGAUAUUGGUUAACAAUAUCAGCGGAGAUUUGAACAGUAAUGCUAUAUAUUCGAUUGUAAACGUUCUGCGAGAAUUGGUGUGUGGAUUAUUAACAUCAUAACUGGAGAUCGGGAUUUGUGUGUGUGUGCUAAAUAUGUACGGAUAUACGGGUACUGAAUACCAUAAUAGGUUGUGGCUUUGUGAUAAUCAAUAAGUAAAUUUGGUAUUUAAUAGAAAACACAAAUAUAUAUAUACAUAUAUUAAAAGUUUUUCAUUCCGUUUUUGAACAGAUUUUUUAGGAUCUCGGAGAUUGUACCGUGCUUAAACCUUUUGUGAAGCCCCCCCCCCCCCUCCCCCCCAAAAAAAAAACCCACAAAAAAACAAACCAAAAACCCACAAUUACAAUUAUUGAAUAUGACAAAUACAUCAUAAUCAACCGACUUGGAAUAUGUGCCAACGACAGGCCUGCUUGAAUCUCGUGAAAGCUUUAUGAUUAUCAAUGUGACACGAUAAUCCACCGACAUAGAAAUAUGUGUCCACAACGGCCUGCUUGAACCUUGUGAAAUCUUUAUGAUCACCGAUGCUGCGUGUCACAGAGUGUAGACCACGAUAAUUCACAAACAUAGAAAAACGUGUCCACAGCAGGUUUACUUGAACCGUGUGAAAGUUUUAUGACCAUCGAUGCUGUGUCUCACAGAUCAUGUGCCACAAUAAUCCACCGACAUAAUACAUAUAUAUAUAUACAUAUAUAACACGAGUCCACGACAGGCGUACUUGGACCUAGUCACUAGACCCGUAAUUAUUAUCGCUGAAUGUGAUUAGACUGUGCACUGCUGUAUGAUAAUCCCGGCGACCCGCGGCUGUCGGAAGAAUGUGCGGUAAUUACCGAUAUCACCAAAAUCCGUCUCACCGACUUGAACGUCUGGACAAUUAACAGUUCGUGUUAUUGGCAUCUUGUGAAACCCGAAUGUCUUGCGGCGGCGCGAAGUGUGUCCGCCAAAAUAUUAUAAAUACUUUUCACAAAUGGGCAUUGUCUGCUUCAGAAAAUUGAGCAUACCUUAAUGGACUUUUAAGCAGCCGACACCAAAAUUUUUAAUGUACUGGAGAGAGAUUGUAUCUGUCCGGUUGUUAAAAAAUUCAAGAUUUCCCGCAUCGUGCUAUAGAGAGAGAAGUUUAUGAUGAUUUCUUUUUAUAUAUACAUGCAUCGCCGAUCAGCUUUUAUGUCCAUUGUUUAGUUAUAAAAUAAUUAGUUUCUCGCCAUUCUGAUUAAUAUUUAUGCAAUUCCGCAGCGUAACGUUACGCACCGUGCUUUGCUGUCACGUAAAAAACCGCAAGAGAUCUGUUGGUGAAAAUUAUUUAUUAAAAGCCACAUGCUGUUUACAUGUGACGCGGGCAACAAGCAAUAAUCAUUUACACAUUGAUGUUCUGUUAAAUAAAUGAACACUUGUGUGUAGUCCUGUUUUUCUGGAAUAUAUCUUGGAAUAUAAUGUGAAAUAUGGAAAUUUCUGUUUAUAAUUUUUAAAAUUAAGAGCAUGUAAUAACAAUUGUAAUUUGUGUACAGCUAUUCUUUAACCAAAAAAAAAAAAAAUGGAUAACAGUGACGGGGUAAAUCAUAACGCAAAGCCCGUAGUAAAUAAAAGAACUUUGCAUAAUACGUCAUCCCAGGAGAACAGAAUGCCCGCUACAGGCAGGGUUGAUCAUAAUACGUCAUCGUUAGAUAACAGAAGGACCGCAGCAAACAACAUGAGUAAUAAUACGCCAUCUUUGGAGAAUAGAAGGUCCGCAGCAGAUAACAGGGCAGAAACAAAUACGACAUCUUUAGAUAACAGACCGAAAAACAGAAAACGAAAAAAGACACCGAAAGAAAAUAAGAAAAAGAAAAAAGGAACUUGCUGUAGUUGCUGUACGGGAGACAGGGUUUCUGGGACCGAUACAAAUAUGGAAUCCGACACGGAUGCGGAACGGGAUUCCGAAUCACCACAUACUGGUUGUUGCUCCUGUUGUUUUGGCAGCAAAAAUAAGAAACGAAACAGGAAGCGGGAAAAGGCCAAGAAGAACUCAUGUAUAAGUUGUUGUAAAAAACUGACGACAUUCUUAUUCUCUCAUAUCGGAUUGUGUUCUCUGGUCGUUGCGUAUUCCGUGUUCGGGGGGUUUGUGUUCAUGAAACUGGAGGCACCGCACGAGGUCCUGGAGCGGAACAGCGUGGCGGUGAUUCGGCUGGAGAAGGUCUCUGAGCUGUGGAACAUAACGGAGGAACUGAACGUUCUGCAUCAGCAGAACUGGAGCGCCAUCGCCGAGAGAGUCUUCCUGGACUUCCAGUUCCAAGUGUUCCACGCCACGAAACAUCGGGGCUGGGACGGCAAGGACGGGGAGACGGAACUACAGUGGUCGUUCGCUGGCGCCCUUCUUUACUCCGUCACAGUCAUCACUACUAUAGGUUACGGUCACAUAGCGCCGAAGACGCCAUACGGAAGACUGGUUACGAUAUUUUAUGCACUAAUAGGAAUUCCAUUGACUUUGCUGUGUCUGGCAAACAUGGGCAGCUUCCUGGGAAACUGUUUCCGGUGUUUCUACAAAAGACUCUGCCAAUUUCUCAUGUGGUUGUGCUGCCCUCCGCAGUCGAGGUCUAAAACGCGGACCAAGAGAACGACAGACGUGCGUUACAGUCGAGACGGCCUAGCAGAAGAGAUUCACCCUCUUCGCGCCAAACCGGUGGACGGAGACAAUGACGUCACGAUAGUCGUGGCGGAUGAGACAGCAGAGGAGGAGAAACCGGCGAAGGAGGAGCCUGUCAGAGUGCCUAUCAUCGUCAGUUUUAUCAUCGUGUCGUCAUACAUCUUCGGAGGCGCAGUGAUAUUCUCGUGGUGGGAGAAGGACUGGGACUAUUUAAUAGGGUCGUACUUCUGCUUUAUAACACUCAGCACCAUAGGAUUCGGCGACUACGUCCCGGGGUCGGGCUUGAACUCGUGGUCGAGUCAGGAGAAGCUCAUCUUCUGCUGUCUGUAUCUCGUGUUUGGUCUGUCUGUGAUCGCCAUGUGCUUCAACCUCAUGCAGGAAGAAGUCAGGGCGAAGUGUCGAUGGUUGGGUGUAAAACUCGGAUUCCUGGACGAAGAUGAAUCCUGAUGAAAAACCCCCACCCAAACAUAUGUUUUCUAAAAAUAUAUAAGACAGAAACAAAUAUGUUUCAGUCUUGAUGGUGGGUUUAAGGCUGAUAGAUGCAGGCUUCGCGCGUCCCAUUAUUGGCCCCAAAUAAGAGUGAGCAUAAAGCUCUGCGACAGUAGAACAAUGAAGGCUACCCACAUACACAAGGACAGCGUGCUUGAAACAUAAUUAGGUUUAAGAACGAAAACAAAAUAAUAAGCCACCAGCCCACAGACGGCACAAGAAUAAAUGGCGCCCCAAGCGAGCCUUCGGUCGUCAGCUAUUAUUAAUACUGGAAAUUCAGAUCAGAAAGUUCAUACCCUAGAUGACUCCCAAUUCAUCUAAAAAUUGGGCAGGUGUUUUUUUUUUCUGCAGCAGUAGGUGCCGUUGAACUAGAGAUAAGAUGCAUCUUAAUAUAUUGAGAACCUGGUUAUAGAGGACACUCAGAAUGUGUUCGUUACAUUAUAUAUUGCCUCGAUACAUAGAUUUUCGUUUCACUUUCUCAUAGGAGACAUCUUUGUAGUUAUUUUAUAAGUUCAUCUGUAUAAUUCUUGCUUCCUUCAACUCGCUAUAGAAUACGUUUUAUUUUUAUAUAUAAGAAUAAUGUCAGUUAGGAUUUCGUUGUAAUGGUUCAAUUUUAACAUGUUGUCAUACUUUUUAAUUAUAUGUUCGGAACCAAUAAAUGUUUAAGACUAAAAAAAACUACUUUGUGCAAUUUGUUUAGGGAUCUCGUCAUUUGAAGCUUGUAGAAUCGUGCCUAGCUUUUCUACAUAAUACUUCUCAGAGUAGAAAGUUUAUUUUAUGCAAAAUAAGAAUAAAUUUCGGCAAUGCCUCUUUAGAGAAUCAGUACAAUACGAACCGUGUGUAACCUUAUUAUUAAUAGAAUUGUGUUGCAAAGCAGAAGUAAUGCUGUCACACAUUAUUACAAUCAAAUAGUUUUGCCAGAAUAUAGAGAAAUGCUCAAACCAGAUUCAGAAAGGCAACAAGGGGAUAACUUGUGAAAUUCAAGUUUAAUUCAAUAAUACAAUGAAACCAAAAAAAAUCAUAGCGGUUCUCUUAACAUGCAUGGAUUGAUUGCGGCAUGCACCAGAGAUUCAACGUUCAGUGAUAGUUUAGGGUACUUUCAUUCCUUACAUAUUCAUAUUGGAAUUCAAAUAUUCCCUGACGCCAUAUAACCGUAAAUAAAAUGUGUUGAGUGCGUCGUUAAAUAAAACAUUUCCUUCAAAUAUUCCCUACUAUUUUUAACAAUAUAUGUCGACACUUAACUUUCUCGGUGGCAAAACGUCCAUCAGACGUUCAAAAGAUUAAACGAUCGAUAUCUUUCGGUAGACUGUUUUGGUUUUGAUAUCCCGAUAUAUUAAAGUACAUGGUAUGUACAGUUCUGUUUGCAAAUAUAAACGAGACCUUUUUAAUUUUAAACAGUAGCGGAAACAGUGGGUUGAGAGUUAUUUAAAUAUUAUGUUUACAAACGACUUUAAAACACGUUACAUUAUUGUUGUUAACUUCAUAUGUUGCUCUGAAAUACAAUGAAUAAUAUUCAAUAUUGUUCUUCACAUUGUAUUGUUCAGUGAAUAUUCUGUUGUUAUUCACAUACUGAAUAUUGUAUAAUUUAACAUCAUGCACUUAAAGAAAUGUUUGUCAAACGUAUUAAAUACUUCAAGACGA